GUGUGUUCAGUGAGUGCCACUGCUGUGAUGAGGAGCGUGCCCAGAGGCUGCUAAUCCGGGUCUCUUCAUCCUGGGGUCAAACCACUUGUCUGAGGCUGGCUCUGGAGGCUGAUGACAAGAGCUUUGUUGCUCACUCUGGYGUUCAGGUCUCUCUGUUCCAGAACACCGGUCGCUCGUCUGUUCUGUUCCCCGGCCUCUCCUGUCCAAGUCUGGUCCCGCAAGUCGUCUGUUUCUUCUCCCCCGGUCUUCCUGAUCCGAUCUGGUCCGAGUCGUCUGUUCUGUCUCCCCAGGCUCUCCUGAUCCGCUCUCCUGACCCAGAUCUGGUGUGGGGAGCUGGCGGCGGACAAUCCUCUGUGGGAGGUGCUGCUAUGUAUGCUGUUCUUCCCUCUCAUUUACACUGGCUCCUGGGAUUCAGGCGUGAUGAGUCCAUCCAGAGAGAGGCAGAGAGGAGUGCUGAGCUGCUCACCAUGGAGUCAUUAACAGGAAGCCAGGCCUGCACCAGGAGGAAGCCUCCUGUACAUGACCUCCUUGCCAGGAUCCCUCUGGGUCUGAAACCGUUGACAGUCUCCACCCGGCUGGUCAGCCUCUUCACCUCUCCUCAGGUGAAGUUCUACUGGAACAUCUUGUCCUACUUCAGCUUCCUGCUGCUGUUCUCUGUGGUGCUGAUGAUCGACUUCCAGGCCACGCCCUCCUGGAGGGAGGGGCUUCUCUAUGUCUGGCUCAUCUCAUUGGUCUUGUGAGGAGAUCCGACAGCUGUUCCAUGACCCAGAUGGGUUUGGGUUCCGUAAGAAGGCUGAUAUGUACAUUAAUGACAUGUGGAACAUUCUAGACUUUCUGUCCAUCCUGCUCUUCAUCAUCGGACUGGC